AUGUGCCCUCGCACAGUUUUGCUCAUCAUAAACAUUAAUCAUUGGUUUUAUGAUAAGAAUAUCGUAAGAAUUAUUUUAACUUUCAGAUUAGAUUCCGGCCAUAUUUCUGACAUUUGUUUUAUUAAUAAAAAUUUGGCGAAUGCUUUGAUAACUGCUGAUAUUUCAUUGUUGAAAAGGCAUGAUAUAAGAUGCACAAAGUAUAUUAUAACUUAUUAUCAGAGAUAUAGGAACAAAGAAAAAGGGAAAUUCAUAUCUCUAUGUAAAAAUACCAUUAUUUCCUCUUCUGUUUAA